UUGUUAGAGUGUGAAAAUAGUGGCGUCUGAUAAUUCCCCAAAUGUUUUUAAUGUUUUAAGCUUUAAGGACGAUACAGACGCUGUUUCACGCAGAGUUUUAUGUAGUAAACUCUUAAAUGCGGUGGAUUCAGAUAUGAACUCUCUUCAUCUCGGCUGCAGAAGUUGAAACAGAGUGCUCUCUGGACUCUGAGGGAGAGGAUGAGGGGUGUGUAUGGGGGACGGAUGUGCCGGAUGAAAGAAACGGGCAGGAUAAGAUGAGUGUGACGGCCAGCGAGGGCACAGAGCCCAGCAGCCCCUCUCGCUUUGCCCGCGCUCACAGCCUGAGCCCCCCUGACGAGCGCUGGGACGAGACAGAGGCCACGGGUCCCCCAACUACACCCGGGGAGACAGACAACCCUGCACACAACAUGUACACACAGAAAGAUGCCCAUGUGCUGGCGGACUGGGCUCGUUUUGACUUACUCAUGCAUCUGAAAAAAACGUCACAGCUUCCCCGUUCACAACACAGCCAGCAGCUCAAUGGCUCCAUCCCCCCCUACCACACGGGUGCUGUGCAGGACGACACACCAUCCACCCUGUCGCCGGGAGUUCAGGAGUCACCUGAGGGAAAAGCAGACGCAGACUCCGUAAGCCCAGAUCCCACCAGGACAAUGGUGCACUUCUGUCCGUUCUGCCAGCGGUCGUAUGGAUGUGAGACCUCUCUUGGAGAACACAUGAAGCUGUGCCAGGUGCGGGAGGGUGGGAGCAGUGUGUGCCCGCUCUGUGGGUACAGCACUCCCUACAGGGCACAGAUGGAGCAGCACCUGGCAUUGCACGCCCAGGUUCAGAACAAGAAUCCAGUGUCUGAGCCCAACAUGGAAAAAAGAAAAUUUCAGUGUUCACAGUGUUUGAAGGCCUUUAAAUACAAACACCAUCUCAAAGAACAUCUGCGUAUUCACAGUGGUGAGAAGCCCUACGAGUGUCCCAACUGCAAGAAGCGUUUCAGUCAUUCAGGCUCCUACAGCUCGCACCUCAGCAGCAAGAAGUGCCAGGGCGGGUCAGGGAAUGGAGCGUAUUUUAAUGGUCACUCCCAUCCCGUCUACCCCUUCCCCUCCCCUACGUCCCCCCCUGUCAUUGGAAGCAGGAAUGGUAGAGGGAGGAGCUCUCCGUAUGGCCCGAUGGGUCAGUGCUUUCCAGAGAAGCUCCCCACUCAUCAGGGACAGGAAUCUAUUACCCCUACCCUCUGGACUAAACAGGGCUGGACCGGGGUGUUUAAAGGGACCACGUUUUUACCCUUGCUGGGCUCUGAUGGCAAGUUUGAACACCUCCUGCAGGAAAUGCUGCGCAAGGAGGUGGUGAGGGAAGAGCAGCGAGGGAGGGAGGAAGGAGACGAUGUGGAGGAAAGGGAGGGCAGACGCGAGGUGCCUGUUGGUGCCGUGUCGUGCCAGUGGUGCUUUCAGAUCUUCCCCAGUGAGGUUGUUCUAAAGCAUCACGAGAGAUACCAGUGCAGGAACAAAGACGGACACACUGCCGAACAGUCGCAUAGUCGAGGAGAAGGAUCCCCACUCAACUUCUCUCGCUCCUCACAGGUUCCUCACGACACUCAGAAAACACCUCCCACCCCUAAUGGACUGCCUAGAGAUCUCUCUUCCCCACAGAGGGCAUCUUGGCACUCUGUCCCUCAGCAGCUUCUUGUGCCACUACAGUCCCCUAUGCACCUCCGCCCAGACCCUGUGCACUCCUAUUGGCCAAACAAGGAAACCAGAAGCCCUCAAAACUCUACCCUCAUGAGUCCCACCUCACCUUCACUACAGGAACGCAGACACCCGCUCUCCUCAGGCUUCAACUCCCCACCCUGCCUUGACCUCUCACGCACCACGUCACCAUGCCAGCCCACCCAACACAGGCCAUCCCCCAGAUCAGAGAGUUGUCAGAAUGAACCUCUCGAUCUAUCAAUUCCCAAAACCCGUACAGGUUCAGAUCCAAGCAAGGAGGCCCGAAAACGCGCCUGCAAUGGCAUUCUGCCACAGAUGGAUCGGAGGGAUGCGGAGAGUGUAUUUAGAAGGUUAACUCCACCCCCUCAGCACCAAAUGGGCGGGGCAUAUACACCAUUAUUUGGAAAUGCAGUUUUUAGCAACUUUCCCCUUUUCAAUCCUGUCAUCCCAAGUGGCCUUACAGGGUUGGGGCAUAACGGUCUCACAUCACUUCCUCUUACACCACCGGCUAAACCUGGAUUUCUCUCGCCUAUCACAUACAUGCUGGAGGCAGAGCCUGAGGCAGUGAGGAAAAGAAUACUGCAGAAUGAAGCAUUAAAUCAAGGGUGUCUCGACUACUUCAGUCUGAUUGAGGACGGGCUGGAUGGAGAUAAUGGACCAGGGAGGAAGAGACUGAGGAAGACUGAGGAAGGAUUGUACGCAUGUGACAUCUGUGAUAAAAGCUUCCAAAAGAGCAGCUCUCUGCUGCGCCACAAAUACGAACAUACAGGGAAGCGACCCCACGAGUGCCAGAUCUGUAAAAAGGCGUUUAAACACAAGCACCACCUGAUUGAACACAGCCGGCUGCACUCUGGAGAAAAGCCCUACCAAUGUGACAAAUGCGGCAAACGCUUCUCUCACUCGGGCUCCUACUCACAGCACAUGAACCACCGCUACGCCUUCUGCAGCCGGGACCACGACCCAGAUGGCCCUGGAGAAGAUCUCGUGAUGGUGGACGGGGCCCUCUAUCCAAGCCCAGGCAGGGAGCUCAGCGCAGGAGCAGAACAAGCUCCUCUCGGCCUGGAGGAAACGUCCACGUUCCUCAGCGACUCCAGCCUGGAUGGAGCUCCUCUAGGCCUGAGAAUGGAGGAUGAGGAAGAAGAGGAGAGCUCACUCAGUAACCACGGGCCUGAGAGCAGGGUGGAGAGAAGAAGCAGAGGGAUUGAGGAGAGGAAUGGAAGCCUGGAACAGACAAGUGAGGAGAGAGAGCAGAAGAAGGAAGAAGAAAGUUCAGGGGCUGAUGGACAGGAGAUGAAAUGCAUCUAUCGCAGCAGUAAAAUCAAAGCGGAGGAGAAUGAGGAUGAAAACAGAGACAGGCCGGAGAUGACUAUAGAGACAGUAUGAGACUUUUUAAUAUCAGCUUUAGGUUGACGUACCAAAGAUGUGAACAUACCCUCACGGACUGUACUGUACAGUGGACAGAGGAAUCGAAUACCUUCUCCCAUAAGUGCUGAGAGGCCUACCUCUUAGAGGACACAGUGACUGUGAUGCUGUGAACAUAAACAAACAAGUGCCUUCAGAUCUACACCAAUGUAAAACAUCUAUGCAAUUACAAUAAAUGCAGUCACAUGCACAUACAAGAGCUAUAAGACCAAACCUGCACAGUAAAUUAGCUGAUCACUAAACGUUGUGUCCAUAAAUCACUGUGACCCCUAUAGAUCACUAUAAUAGGCAUUCUUUUUUUUGUUUUUUUUGAAGUGUUUUAGAAAAACAUAUAUAUACUAGUGCAUCUCAAGAAAAUUAAAUUAGAAUAUCAUUGAAAAGUUACUUGAUUUUAGUAAUAAUUCAGUUAAAAAAUGUUAACCUUUAUUUAUUUUAUUGUUCAUGAUUAUGGCUUACAGCCUAUGAAAACCCAAAAAUCACUGUCUCAUAAAAUUGGAAUAUUAUAUAAGACCAAUCAGUACUUUUGAUAUUGUAGGCAGUGUGCCAAGUCCUGCUGAAAAAUGAAAUCCGCAUCUCCAUAAAAGUUGUCAGCAGAGGGAAGCAUGAAGUGCUGUAGGUUUUCCGGGAAAACACUGCACUGUGUCCAGAGUUUGGAGAAAAAGUGUUUUGGCUCUCUAAAUCAUCACUGAUUGGUGGAAACUUCACACUAGACCUCAAUUAGUUUGGAUUGUGUGUCUCUCCACUCGUCCUCCAGACUCUGCUCCCUUGUUUUCUAAUUAAAAUGUAAAAUUUACUGAUGAUCAGUGAUGAUUUGGAGAGUCAUGACAUCUGCUGGUGUUGAUCCACUGUGUUUUAUCAAGUCUAAAGUCAGCACGUCAUGCUUUUUCCCUCUGCAGACAACUUUUAAUGGAGAUGCAGAUUUCAUUUUCCAGCAGGACUUGCCUCAAUGCCCACACUGCCAAAAGUACUGAUUGGUCUAAUAUAAUAUUCAAAUUUUCUGAGACACUGAUUUUUGAGUUUUUAUUGUCUGUAAGCCAUAAUAAUCAUCAACAAUAAAAUAAAUAAAAACUUAAAAUAGAUAAACACUCUGUGUGUAAUACACCAAUUUAAUAUAUGAGGUUCCCCUUUUUUUAACUGAAUUAUUGAAAUAAAGUAACUUUCCAAUGAUGUUCUAAUUUUUUUAGAUGCAUAUAUAUAUAGUCAUAUGUUAAGAUUCCAACACCCUAUAAGAACAUCUGUAUUUUUAAACCUAAUUAAACAUAUGGAGAUUUGAUCCUUCACUUGAACAACAUUAAAAAAGGACAAAAUAUAAAACUAAACACAUGUAACUUAAAAGGGGUCUUGUAAAAUGAACUUAAAUGUCCUUGUGGAUGAAAAGUUAGAA